UCUCACUUUCUGGACUUGCUGUCAUCUCUCGGUUGGCCGUCAGAGGUAGGGCAGCAGCAGUGGGGCGGAGCUAACAGCAGUCGCUCAGAAUUCCCUGCUGUGCUGGGGGACAGCGGAGGGGGUGUGUUCGAUGGUCAGAGGUUUGUCCUGAUGUUUGCCGACGCUCUGACAGAGAUCACCUUCAUCGUCCCAUCGCCAUCGCGUGAAGUCGUCGAUUGGUUGAAGAGUUCAGAGGAGGCGGAGCCACUGAAUGAGUCACCGUCCAACCUGCAGAGUCACACUGACCUUGGCCCAGACUCCGCCCCCAGUUCCACCACCAGUCCAGCUGCAGACCUGAAGCUGCGUUGUGCAUCUUCGUUUCUGGGUUCUGGCUGUAAGCUGCUGAUCGUUUGGGUUGAACGCUUUGAGGACGUCGAGCGUUUUCCCCUGAGCGAGCUGCUGUCAGAGACCAGGAUGCAAACGGACACGAGUGCCUCAAACGUCCAGCUGGUCUUCAUCCAUCCACUGAAAACUGGACUCUACCGAGUCUGUUUCCAUGGAAACGGCACCAGCAAGUUCAGCCUGGUCAUCCCAUUGGUCAGCGGAAGUUUAGUCAGCAAGAGGUCACUGGGUUUCCUGCUCAGAGAGACAGUCAUCAACUGUUGCCAUCGGCGACGGCUGGACAGUGACUCCGCCCCCCCACCUCACAUCCGACGGAAACACGCCAUCAAUGACAUCAUCCAUCGGUACCGCGGACGCCGCUCUGAGCCUGCCUUCUACUCCGCCCUGUUCCAUGACCUCUGAGCUGUUGUCAUGGAAACCUUGUUGUCUUAAUUGGCUGUCAUCGCUUGUAGCUGUAAACCAAUCAGAAGGAGGCGUACCACUGUUACAGGGGUCAGGGACUGAUGGUGUCACCUGACUGGUGGUGUUUAAUAAAGGUGUCAAACAUCA